UGCUGUUGGAAACCAUAUGGCAACUUCUUGACAGCCUUUGAAUUAUUUGUUGAAAAAUAAAUAAUAAUUAUUUGUGAACUGUUUUCCUCUAAAUGGAGCAAAAGUCUGAUGGGACACCGAAGCCCGGAAUAAGGCCAAGACUCCGCUUGGGUCUGUCAACGCCAGGUUUGCGAGGGCAUAGAAAAGAAAACAAUAAGGGAACAGAAACUCCCCGCGCCACAAAGACACUGCCGCUAAAAAGCCGAUCAAACAGCUGUAGGCGUCCUGGUUUGGGACUUCCACGCAAGGAGUUGACAAAGAAACGAUUGGAAUUUGUUAAAGCAGAACAGAACAUGGCGCAGGAGACACAAAAAGAUGCAGAGCCGUCAUCCACCUCAAAGGACAGUCGUACAAUUGAACUGGAGAAAGACAUUGAGAUAUGGCGUACUGGAUUCGCGGCUUCUAUGGACGAUCUACAAGCUUCAAUUGAGCCACGACAAAGCAAGAAAUCUCUACUGAUUCAACUAGGAAUCUCUCUGGACAUGCUUUCAUACCUGGAGGAAGAUUAACAGUCAUUAUAUAUAAGUAGGAAAAUAUGUAUUUCACACCACUUUAAACGAUAAAACAAAACAAUUGAAAAAGAA